UUUGUUGUUUCCAUGGCGUGCCUUGGACCCUUUAAUAGCUUUUAAUUAUCCUAUUGUUUGUUUGUUUCUAUAGUCUAUCAGUUUAAACAUGAGUAAAUAUGCUGCAAAAAACAAAUUUAAUUUGAAACUUCCACCAGGAUCCAUUGAGCCGUAUGAUCAAUCAUCAUCUUCCGAUCCUAACAAUGAGUCAUUUGAUACAAGCAUCGAAGCUCUUCAAAAGACAUUAGAAGGUUUAGAUCUCGAUGAACAGCAAAGGAGACGAUUAGAAACAUUUCUGUCCCAGAAACAAAAAGUCGGAGAGCUGAGCGUUGAAGAUUUUGAAAAUUUGGGAGAGCUGGGGGCUGGCAAUGGGGGCGUUGUUACCAAAGUUUUGCACAAGCGGAGUGGUUUUGUUAUGGCAAGAAAGUUGAUUCAUCUUGAAGUAAAACCUGCAAUAAGAAAUCAAAUCAUUAGAGAACUCAAAGUUCUUCACGAGUGCAAUUCUCCACAUAUUGUUGGGUUUUAUGGUGCCUUUUAUAGCGAUGGAGAAAUAAACAUUUGUAUGGAGUACAUGGAUGGUGGAUCUCUUGAUUUAGUCUUAAAGAAAGCUGGAAGAAUUCCUGAGAAAAUUUUAGGCAAAGUAACUAUUGCUGUUUUGAAGGGUUUAAGUUAUCUACGUGAGAAACAUCAAAUCAUGCACAGAGAUGUCAAACCAUCAAACAUUUUAGUGAACUCCAGAGGUGAAAUAAAAAUAUGUGAUUUUGGAGUUAGUGGGCAACUCAUUGAUUCCAUGGCUAAUUCGUUUGUAGGAACAAGAUCAUACAUGGCUCCAGAACGUUUACAAGGAACCCAUUACACAGUCCAAUCAGAUAUAUGGAGUUUGGGGCUAUCUCUGGUUGAAAUGGCUAUUGGUCGCUAUCCCAUACCACCACCAGAUAGCAAAGAAUUGACUUCUGUAUUUGGUUCCAAAUACACAAAUGAACAGGACUGCACAUGCCAGUCGCCCGGUUCAAAAAACAGACCAAGUAACCUUAAUAUAGCUACUGGAGAUAGUCCUAUGAUUUUAUCCAUAUUUGAGUUGCUUGAUUACAUUGUGAAUGAGCCUCCACCUACUGUACCGGAGGGAGUAUUUUCGACUGAAUUCAAAGACCUUGUUGACAGAUGUUUAAAGAAAAAUCCUGCUGAAAGGGCUGACCUAAAAACACUAAUACACCAUCCCUUUGUGAAGAAUUCUGAAACUGAAAAGAUCGAUUUUGCUGGCUGGAUUUGCCAGACCAUGGCCCUUGAUCCAUCUACACCAACAAAACCAGCUCCGGAUAACUAUAUUUAAUACCAAAGCUUCUUGUACAUGUGAACAUAAAUAUUAGAUAUUUUUCUUGCGACAUUAGAAGAUUUUGUAGCAUAUAUAUAUUUGUAUAUCAAAAAAUACAUUUAUUUUUGAACUUGUA